CUCCAGGCCACACUGAGCCGUCUUUAGGCACUCCGCACGCCGGGUCUCCUCCUCUUCCUGUGGUGGUUAGCUAUGGCGGCCGUGAAGACCCUGAACCCCAAGGCCGAGGUAGCCAGAGCCCAGGCGGCGCUGGCGGUCAACAUCAGCGCAGCCCGGGGACUGCAGGAUGUGCUGAGGACCAACUUGGGGCCUAAAGGCACCAUGAAGAUGCUUGUUUCUGGUGCUGAAGACAUCAAGCUUACUAAAGAUGGCAAUGUGCUGCUUCAUGAAAUGCAAAUUCAACACCCAACAGCCUCCUUAAUAGCCAAAGUAGCAACAGCCCAGGAUGACAUAACUGGUGAUGGUACCACUUCCAAUGUCCUAAUCAUUGGAGAACUACUGAAACAGGCGGAUCUCUACAUUUCUGAAGGUCUUCAUCCCAGAAUAAUAACAGAAGGAUUUGAAGCUGCAAAGGAAAAGGCACUUCAGUUUUUGGAACAAGUCAAAGUAAGCAAAGAAAAGGACAGAGAAACACUUAUAGAUGUGGCCAGAACAUCUCUACGUACUAAAGUGCAUGCUGAACUUGCUGAUGUCUUAACAGAGGCUGUGGUGGAUUCCAUUUUGGCCAUUAAAAAACAAGAUGAACCUAUUGACCUCUUCAUGGUUCAGAUUAUGGAGAUGAAACAUAAAUCUGAAACUGAUAGAAGCUUAAUCAGAGGUCUUGUUUUAGACCAUGGGGCGCGGCAUCCUGAUAUGGAAAAAAAAAAAAAAAAAAAAAAGAGUAGAAGAUGCAUACAUCCUCACGUGCAAUGUGUCAUCAGAAUAUGAAAAAACAGAAGUGAAUUCUGGCUUUUUUUUUUU